UGUUGAGUAUUCAGAGCCGGGCAGACAGAUGCACUUAUAGUUUUAUUGCCCUCUGGAAAAAAGAAAGCUCCCGUGUGAUCGCUUGAUUGUUCGAUUCAUAUCAAAGACCACUGCGCGCCGACAAAAUGAGUCAUCUAAACCCAGGUCUUAUUUCAGCUUACAACAGCUUGACUGACAAACAUCUGACUGGAUACUUCAACAAUGCGAGAAUACGAAGACAUCUUCAGAAAGUCGGGCUGAUCACUCGGAGCGGGCGGAUUGUUCCCGAUAAGGAGUACAAGCACAAGCUGAUCCAGCGAGCGCAUCAGAGACAUGUAAGGGAGUGUCUAGCCCAGGCCAUCUUUCACAAGGUGCUAGACAUGGAGCGCCUUCAUCAAACUGAGAUCAAGAGAAAACUUGAGGAAUUUGCACGGAGGGAACGAAUCCACAAAAUGAAGGCUGAGCGUACAAAGAGAUAUGAGGAUGAACCAGUGCUAAUGCUGUCACCUCGGCCACCCACAAGGCCCAAGAUCUCACACGCACAGCAUUCUGGGCCAGAGGGAGAGCAUUCCGAGUCAACAGAAUCUCCGAGUUCCUCCAGACCAAACACAGCUCCAGGGAAGAUGCAGAGGCCUGUUCGACUUAAGCCACUAAACAGUAACAGUGCCACGGCCUCUCUGAAAAGAAGCUCCCCUCGACACAGACCCCGGGACCGGGACUCCUCCAAUGACACCGAUCAGGCCCUCAGUUAUACACUGGACAGAGAUGCCGUGAAACAUUUGAACACAACAGACUUCUCUAGCACUGUCUCACCCUACCGUCUUCCUGUCAUUAACAAUUACGUGACCCCUGUGCCGCCCCUCACAAAGAAAAAAGAUAGAGGACCGAGAACGAACGGCACACUCAGAGGUCGAAAGUUAAGACCCACUACGGCACCAACAGCUGCUACAGAGCCGUCCUCUCUCCAGAGGACAUCAGCCCAGAGUAAAGUGUUAGUAAGCAUGGUGUACUUUGGGAAGAGUGUUCACCUGUCCCAUGAUCUGAUGGACCUGAGAGAUGAAGUGAAGGUCUUCCAGCAGCACUGUGGAGGAGAGAACCUUUGUGUCUACAAAGGAAAGCUGAGAGAAGGAGAAGUCUUCCAGUUUGUGUCAAGACGCCACCAGGGAUUUCCUUUUAGUCUUACGUUCUUCCUGAAUGGCCUGCAAGUGGAUCGUCUCAGCUCAUGCUGUGAGUUCAAACACAGGAAAGGUGCUCGGCUUGGGGGCAGACAUGGACACUUUGGAUUUUGCGGUGUAGAAGGAGCCUCUCCAUGCUACAAGUGUAUUAUUGCUAUGGGCUUGGACAAAAAACCCACCCCUCCUCAAAAAAGAGUGAAAGAGGAGCUGUCAACCUCUAAAUCCUCUGAUGCUAAGGACGCUACAGAUGUAGAUGAGGAUAUAGAAACACAUUCCAAUGCAGAGCCUGACACACCUCAGGAAAUGCAGACAGAAGCGAAUGGAGACACAACACGAAAGAAAAAGACCAAAGACGACUAUGAGGAAGACUUUGAGGCAGAUGAUGAAGGGCCAGUUGAAGAUGGUGAUGAAGUAGAGGAAAAUCCAUCACCUGUUGCUAAUGGACAAGAAAAAGAAACCAAGACCAAGGAUGAAAAUGAGAUAAAUGAAGAAAAAAGCAGCUCUGACAGUGAUGAUGCCAGUAGGUCUAAGGUCAAAAGGUCACCAUCUGUCUCAUCUGGUCGAACAUCCAGCUUGUCCAGCAGUGACGAUGACAGCAGUGAAAGAGAAAUUGUGGAGAACACCAAAGAAGCCACCACUGCCAAUGUUCCAGAGAAGAGCUUACAUGCAGAGGAAGUUCUCACCACAGCUGAGACCAAAAGAGAGGAGACAAAGGUCACAGAGUCUAGCGAUGUUACAUUGCCUCAAGCUACAGAGGAAGACUCUGGGACACAGGAUAGUCCAGGAGAUGGCAUGGAGAAGAGCGACCUGGAAAUGUCAGAAGACACAGACAAGAAAGAGGGAACUGAAGGUGAGCAAACUGGGGAGAAUGCCAAACCUGAAGAUAAGCCACAAGAAAACGAGCCGGAGAGGGGUGAGUGUCUGCAUGAAAAUAGUGCUGCGUGCAUGUUGUGAUCUUUUGUGUUUAUUCAUGAUGGCUUUUACAACAUCAGAACUGGAGGGUCUGUUUUAUGCUAUUUACAAAUAAACCAGUUGGGAUUGCUGCAAGAUAAACAAAGUGUUUGGUUACUUCACACUGCAUUUUUAAUUGAAGCUGAAGUGUCAUUUGUUGGAUGUUACAACACUUUCUCCUAUCCCAGCAGAAAUGAUACAUUGCAGCUUUAACUUAUUAAUUACUCUAAUAUUACCUGAAACACUCUGCUUAACCACACAUGAGGAAAGGACAGUGACAUGCUUUUUGCAAGUACAUGACCUCACCGAUUACUCAAGUUCUGAUUGUGUUAAAAGCAAAACACACGUUACUCUCUGUAUACUUGUCAAGGCCACUGAGAGCCCAAUUUGCUUAACUCAGUGUGGUCUUGCAAACAACCUUAUAUUAAUUGGUUUGUGCCAUCAUAUGUGUUUCUGAUAGCAUGCUGUGUGUUUUAAUAAUCAUACUGCUCUGUAUGAACCAAUCUGUCAAUCAGGAAUGUUUGGACUUAUUUUUGAGCUACCUUUAUUUCAUCUUACAAGUGCACUGCAAAACAAUCUAUAAACAAUGUAUAUAAUAUGCAUUACGUGUUGGCUCUUGUGGAUUUGCCAGUUUAAUGCUGGGAAUACAGAGCAGUGUUUUCUAUUUGUGGUUUUGUUUUCUGAUUUCAGCGUGUGAAUCAAUGUGCCUCUAAUAAUUUUCAUUUGUCUUCUGUCACACUUGAUUAAAUACACUGUUUGGCUUAAUUGUUACACUUAAAGUGUUGUAUAAAAUCCAUGUGUAUUCUCAUCAGAGAUGGUUAUGGAUCCUUUUUGGACACCUGUGUGUGAAAGCUUUUAAGUGAUUGUUGGCUGCAUGCUGUGUUUGCUGUGUUUGUGGUAAUAAACUUUUGAGCAACAGUUUCAUCUACACUAUUAUUUUUAUUAUUUUAUUUCUAAAUGUGUUUAGCAUUAAAUUCAUCCCACUAAUUGUGACUGUUGUCUGUUGUGACAUUUAGUUAAUUCACAAGGCAACAUUAACAUUUUGUUAUGGCAUAUGUCUGUCUGCCGU